GCAUUGGCGCAGACACUGUGUUAUACAAAGCAUCCGACUUGCUUCCGCUGUAGACGUGAACAUGGCACUGCCUGUCGUGAGCCUUCUUCUGCUUUUAGGACUUGCUGGGGCUCCUUCAGGACGCGCUGUGCGCCCCGGCGGGGCCGUGCAGCGCAUCAGCAACAUCGAUGAGGUCCCCGAGCAACUGACAGCUCUGGGAGCCAACGUGACGUCGCUGCCGGUCGUCUUCUGGCAUGGAAUGGGUGAUUCUUGCUGCUCCCCUUACGGUAUCGGGGCAGUCGCAAAAUACCUUCAAUCGCGCCUUGGAGUGUUUGUAUACAGCAUCGCAACUGGCAGCAGCGAGUUCACGGACGUGCUGAGCAGCUACUGGGGCGACGUAAAUGACCAGGUUGCGUCAGCGUGUGCUCAGCUGCGCAACCUUACGCAGUUGUCGGGCGGCUACAACGCAGUGGGCUUGUCACAGGGAGGCCAGUUCCUCAGGGCUGUUGCUGAGCGCUGCCAGCACACCGGCCCGCGCAUGCACACGCUGAUCACGCUGGGCGCGCAGCACCAGGGAGUCAUGAACGCGCCCGGGUGCAUGUCGCUGCCGCUCAAUAACAGCCACGGCACGUGCCACCUGAUGCAGAAGCUGCUGGGGGCGGGGGCCUACCUGCCGUACGUGCGCGACCACGUGGUGCAGGCCCAGUACUUCAAGGACCCGCUGCGGCUGCCGCAGUACCUGUCCGCCAACCCCUUCCUGCCCGACAUCAACAACGAGCGCGGCCCCGGCGCCCGCAACCCCGUGUACGCCGACAACCUGGCCUCGCUGGCCCGCCUGGUGCUGUUCCGCUUCUCAGAGGACAUCACGGUGGUGCCGCGGGACAGCGCCUGGUUUUCGUUCUUUGACGGCGAGCGACUGGUGCCGCUGCAGGAGCAGCCCCUCUACACGGAGGACUGGAUCGGCCUCAAGCGACUGGACCAGGCCGGGCGGCUGGUGUUCGAGGAGGCGCCCGGCCAGCACAUGCAGUUCAGCCUGGACUGGUUCGGAUCCAAUGUGGUGGAUAGAUACCUACGCUGAUUGCAGCCAUGCAGCCAUGGCCGAUGGGGGAAGUACGUGUUCAUGCCGUAACCCUAUGGAUUGGUAGGCGUAUGUUAGCGAUCAGCUGUUGGGAGAUGGUGCUGUAUGAUGGGUGUAGCAGUGAGGGGGGCCUGUGAAUGUGUGGCGCGCCUGGCGCGGAUGUUGGGAGCGUUGCCCAAGGUCCUAAGUCAUUACUUGAGCAUAUGCAAACUUAUAUGGAUAAAAUACUUGUUGUGACACUACCGCUACGCUCCCUGUGUUUGCAAACUUGAAACGAUGUCUCGGGUUGGGGCUGCGCCGAGCGCCAGAGAAUUCCAAGUCACAGUGUGGGGUGCGACGGGCUUUACUGGGCGACUAGUAUGUGAACACCUCGCCAGAAACUACACUGGCAAAGUGCGCUUUGCGCUCGCCGGUCGCGAUGCUUCAAAACUGCAAGACGUCCGGCGCGAACUGGCCCGUAUCAAUCCUGCAUGUAAGGUGAGAAU